CCUAGCCCGAUACAAUGUCCGAGACUUAUCCAGCACUCCACACGAGAUUCUGAGUAUAUUGUCAUUCACAGCCUGCUUCUAGCCGCCUUUGACACAGCACCAUGAUCGUUUGGGUUUCAGCGCUGGUGGCGCUCGUCGCGGGAACGAGCGAUGUGCAAGGCACCAACAUCGACCUGUGCGCACGGAUGUGCCCCUCCAGCCAGUCGCAGUGCCCGACCCCUUGCCAGCCGUGCCCCUCGUGCCCUUCAUGUCCCGCUGUGCACUGCCCGACCCUGCCCCCAAUCCCCCCUUGCCCCGUGCCGCCCAUCCACCUCACCUGCCCCACGACCCCCUGCAUAUGCCCGGCGUGCCCACCGCCCCCAAAAUGCAACGCCCCGCCACAAGUUAUCCCCCGUGGUUACACGACUGUGCCCGGCUUCGGAACUUACAAGCUAUACCCAGACAAAAUGAAGUGGCUCGAUGCAAACCUCACUUGCGCCCACGAUGGAGGAUACUUGGUUAUUCCCAACUCUCUGGAUGAACUAAACUACUUGCUGACAUUAAUGGCAGAUAAUGGCAUCAGAUUUAUACACGUCGGAUUUCAAGACAUUCAUCAUGAAAAUGCUUUCCUUACGGCCGUGGAUCAACCAAUGGACGCCAUCCAACGAACUCUUUGGGGUGAUAGUGAGCCGGAUGGUGGAAGAGAUCAUAACUGUGUGUAUCUGCACCUGGAUAAACGACGAUUGAUGGACGAACCCUGCAAAGAUGCCGAAGCUUUUGUUUGUGAAAUAUCGCAUACUUAAACACGGCUGUAUAUCCCAUUUGAUAUAUCACACUGAUGUUCAAAAACGAAGGACAAGGAAUUUUGCUCCCACUUAAGAACAAAUUGAAAGGUUAAGCGCAACACUGGUCUAACCCUCUCUGUUGUUGAAAUUGAGUUAACUGCUUAAUAUGUUUUCAUUAUCCAUGAACUACGUGUCACAACCAAUAAUAUUGAAUGUAAUAAGUAUGUUCAUGUUUACAGCACAGCCAGUUUUUGUUAUCAAAGUAAUUGUAACAAAUUAUUGUGCAACAGUAGUCAGCCCAAUUCAACCAGUUAAAACUGGCCUAUGAAAUCACAUACACAAACGUUUGGUCUAAACUGUUUUAACUGAAAUAUUUUUUUUAUUUUGUUCUUAAUAUUUUAUUUCUUAUAUAUACUGAUAUGGUCAUGACGUACGUGGCUUGAAUCAAACUGCUGUGUGUUCAAACAAUAAUUUUAUAACAUUUAUUUUCAAUAAUAUCCUAGGGUAGUCAUAAACAGAUUUAAAAUUGACUACUUUCUAUUCU